UCCUGGCUGAGCUGGAGGUCAGAAGCACCAGACAGACUGAGUCUCAUUGAGAAGCUGAAAAAAAAACAAGUUUACAAGUUUAACUUGUGUGUAUUUCUGGGUAACUGACUACUGUCCAAUAGCUGCAAUAAUGCCCAUAGUAAGUUCACUUGGCCCGCUGGACAUGUACAUCGAUAAGAAGGAGGGAGUUGCUCUGAAGGCUGAUAAUGGAAACUACUUGAGCUGCAUAGGAACUAAUGAGUCGAUGUACCUUGAACCUGCAAAAGCAAACAAAGACCAGUGGUGCAAAUUUCAAGUCUCAAAAUGCCCAGAUGGGAAAGUCCUUCUGAAAGAUCCAAGGGGAAAAUAUCUGAGUAGAUAUGAUGAAGGUGGCAUUCAGUACAUUAGACCAGUGAAGUCUUCCCCAGAUGAUUACUGUAAAUUUAGUGUCUUUACUGACAACAAUAAGAUCCUCCUCAGAGCUGACAAUGGAUUGUAUGUGAGUAGAAUACAGAGAGAGAGACAGAAUAUCGAGGCAGCAAAAGAAGGGCCAGAUGAGUGUUGUAAAUAUGAGGUAAGCAUUGGCGAUGUUGUCGAACCAUCUUUUACAAUCCUCAGUAUUGAAGUCAAAGAUUUUCAGCCAGACAAAAUCAAAACACCUACUGCUGUAACAGAACAAGCCUACACUAACAAUACCAGCAUUAAUCAAAGCCACACUUUCAAACUGUCUUGGACUGACAGAACCAGUGAAACGACCACCUGGAACAACGCUUGGGGUUUCAGUUCAACGUUGUCUUUUGAUGUACUAUUUGUAAAGUGUAGUGCCACAGUGUCUUACAAUGGAUCAUAUCAGAAAUCCUCUACCUUGGACAAGACAAUAACAGUUGCUGAUGAGACCACAAUUACUGUUCCUUCAAGGAAAAAGGUUGUGGCUCAAUUAAUUGUUAACAAAAAUGAUAAUGCUGUUGUUCCAUUUAGAGCUAAAAUUAAGAAAAUCGAUUGCAAUGGCACUGAAACAAUCAUAACUGAAGAGGGAACUUGGAAAGGAAUUUUAUACACUAAUGUGACUAUUGACGCAUCAGAACAGCCAAUAUAGAAGGAGGUUUAGGGACAAGCUUACUUUCACAUGUUUGGUAAAUCAUUUUAUUUGAAUUCCAACUGCAG